GUGACCAUAAUUUUGAAAAACCAAUUUUGCCGGUUACAGAUCUUCGAAAAUCGCGGAGCAGCUGUUGGCUGCUCGAAUGCUCAUCCACAUGGACAACUUUGGGCUGGAGAUUUCAUGCCAAACUUACCAUUGAGAAAGGACAAAUGUCAACGCAAUUACUACUCCCGACACGGAAAACCCCUACUUGUUGACUACCUACAAAAGGAAAAAGCAGGGCAGAGUGAAAGAAUCGUUCUACAGAAUGAGCACUGGACAGUUCUUGUACCUUUCUGGGCAGUUUGGCCCUAUGAGACUAUGCUUCUUCCAAAUAGACAUAUUCAGCGCAUGGAUGAGUUGCAGGAGGAUGAACAAGUCUCUCUAGCUGAUAUUUUACGAAAAAUUAUUAUCAAAUAUGACAAUAUAUUCAAGUGUCCUUUCCCAUUCAGUAUGGGAUGGUUAGGAGCUCCUACAGGUCCCGCCUUGAGGCAGGACAAUAAGCAUUGGUGCUUACACGCAUCUUUUCAUCCACCGCUACUUAGAUCAGCUACCGUGCCCAAAUACAUGGCAGGAUAUGAGGUAUUUUCUGAGCCACAAAGAGAUAUCACGCCUGAAGCGGUAGGUUUGGCUGUGUAA